GGCUGUAUAUUGAAAGCCCACUGCUCCACUCUGACAUUCGUCCUCUGUGAAUGGUACAUUAAUACAACUUGAUGUUCUUGCACGCUUGAGCUGAAGACUUCUGUGCAGAAUGAUGACAGCAAAGUGGUUGUUUCUUCUCUUGGUGAUAAUCUCAGGAUUGGUUGUAACCAGCUGUGGUGUGUGUGAUAUGGGAGAGGACUGUAUCAGUGUUGGUGGAUCAUCCCUCUGUGCAGACCCCUGCCAGCACUACACCAUACUGAAUGACGACUGGCGUGCCACCAACAACAAUGCCAACGUUUAUGGAGAGCACUGCGACAAGGAUGUCAACUGGCAGGGCUGGUAUCGCCUGUUCCUGGGGAACACCAGUGUUCAGAUGCCAGAGAGGUGUGUGGACAGUUACAUGUGUGGGACCGCCUUCCCCAUGUGGCUCACGGAUCCCCAUCCCCAGCUGUUAGACGGGGUGGUUCAGAGGGGCGUCUGUGGGAGCUGGUAUGGUGACUGCUGCAGCUUUAGACAAAAUCCCAUCCAUGUCAAAGCCUGCUAUGGAAACUACUAUGUCUACAAGUUUGUCCCUGCAAUUACCUGCAACUUGGCCUACUGUGCAGACGUCAACACCAAGGUGUGUUCUACCUGUAGAGAUGAUGACACCUGUAUGAGUGAGGAUAAGAUCACCUGGAGGUGUGAGAGGAAAGAGCAAUCUUCUACAACUACCCCUGAACCCACAACUACAUCCACAAAAACUACUCCUGUACCUGAAACCACCAACACAACUCCAGUUCCUGGAACCAUCACCACAACUCCAGUACCUGGAACCAUCACCACAACUCCUGUACCUGGAACCAUCACCACAACUCCAGUACCUGGAACCAUCACCACAACUCCUGUACCUGGAACCAUCACCACAACUCCUGUACCUGGAACCAUCACCACAACUCCUGUACCUGGAACCACCACCGCAACUCCAGUACCUGGAACAAUCACCAUAACUCCAGUACCUGGAACCACCAUCAUAACUCCAGUACCUGGAACCAUCACCACAACUCCUGUACCUGGAACCAUGACCACAACUCCUGUACCUGUAACCAUGACCACAACUCCUGUAACUGGAACCACCAUCAUAACUCCAGUACCUGGAACCAUCACCACAACUCCUGUACCUGGAACCAUGACCACAACUCCUGUACCUGUAACCAUGACCACAACUCCAGUACCUGGAACCAUCACCACAACUCCUGUACCUGGAACCACCAUCAUAACUCCAGUACCUGGAACCACCACCACAACUCCUGUACCUGGAAUCACCACCACAACUCCAGUACCAAAAACCCCAAAUCUUGUACCUGGAACCACCACCACAACUCCUGUACCUGGAUCCCCCGCCAGAACUCCUGUACCUGAAACCACCACCACAACUCCUGUACCUGAAACCACCAACACAACUCCAGUUCCUGGAACCAUCACCACAACUCCUGUACCUGGAACCAUCACCAUAACUCCAGUACGUGGAACCAUCACCACAACUCCUGUACCUGGAACCAUCACCACAACUCCAGUACCUGGAACAAUCACCAUAACUCCAGUACCUGGAACCAUCACCACAACUCCUGUACCUGGAACCAUGACCACAACUCCUGUACCUGGAACCAUCACCACAACUCCUGUACCUGGAUCCUCCACCACAACUCCAGUACCUGGAACCAUCACCACAACUCCUGUACCUGGAACCAUGACCACAACUCCUGUACCUGGAUCCUCCACCACAAUUCCUGUACCUGGAACCACCACCGCAACUCCUGUACCUGGAACCAUCACCGCAACUCCUGUACCUGGAGCCAUCACCACAACUCCUGUACCUGGAACCAUCACCACAACUCCUGUACCUGGAACCACCACCGCAACUCCUGCACCUGGAACCAUCACCACAACUCCUGUACCUGGAACCAUCACCACAACUCCAGUACCUGGAUCCCCCACCACAACUCCUGUACCUGGAACCACCACCGCAACUCCAGUACCUGGAACCAUCACCACAACUCCUGUACCUGGAACCACCACAGCAACUCCUGUACCUGGAACCACCACCGCAACACCUGUACCUGGAAACAUCACCACAACUCCUGUACCUGGAACCACCACCCCAACUCCUGUACCUGGAACCCCAAAUCUAGUACCUGGAACCAUCACCACAACUCCAGUACCUGAAACCCCCACAACAACUCCAGUACCUGAAAUCAUCACCACAACUCCAGUACCUGGAACCAUCCCCACAACUCCAGUUCCUGGAACCACCACCACAACUCCAGUACCUGGAACCAUCACCACAACUCCUGUACCUGGAACCACCACCGCAACUCCUGUACCUGGAAACAUCACCACAACUCCUGUACCUGGAACCACCACCCCAACUCCUGUACCUGGAACCCCAAAUCUAGUACCUGGAACCAUCACCACAACUCCAGUACCUGAAACCCCCACAACAACUCCAGUACCUGAAAUCAUCACCACAACUCCAGUACCUGGAACCAUCCCCACAACUCCAGUUCCUGAAACCACCACCACAACUCAAGUACCUGGAACCAUCACCACAACUCCUGUACCUGGAAUCACCACCACAACUCCUGUACCUGGAACCAUCACCACAACUCCUGUACCUGGGUCCCCAAAUCUAUUACCUGGGUCCCCCACCACAACUCCAGUACCUGGAACCAUCACCACAACUCCUGUACCUGGGUCCCCCACCACAACUCCUGUACCUGGAACCAUCACCACAACUCCUGUACCUGGGUCCCCCACCACAACUCCUGUACCUGGAACCAUCACCACAACUCCUGUACCUGGGUCCCCCACCACAACUCCUGUACCUGGAACCACCACCACAACUCCAGUACCUGGAUCCCCCACCACAACUCCUGUACCUGGAACCAUCACCACAACUCCUGUACCUGGAACCAUCACCACAACUCCUCUACCUGGAAUCAUCACCACAACUCCUGUACCUGGAACCAUCACCACAACUCCAGUACCCGGAUCCACAACUGCUGUACCCGGUACCCCCAUCACAACUCCAGUACCUGGUACCCCCUCCACAACUCCAGUACCUGAAACUACCACUACAAUAACUGGCCCAAUACCUGGCACCACCAUCAAGGAACCUACGCGUCCUCCUAUCACUGCCCCAGACCUGGUGUGUGGGUGGAGCCUCGUACAGGUGGGUCUGAACAGGGCCCACCUGGAGGCUGCUGGUCUGAGCGCUUCCUCUGCUCACCUGGCUGACAGACGCUGCUCUGCCCACCAGGAGGCUAACGGCACAGUGUGGUACCAGGUGGCGCGACGAGAGGGACGCUGUGGAAACACUCUGGAGACGAACACCACCCAUGCUGUCUACUCCAACAGCUUAUUUGUUUAUCCAGUAGAUGGGAGAAACGACUCUCUCUCCCGACCCGUGAGCUAUCCUUUCUCCUGUGUCUAUCCUCUGGAGACAGAGAGCAGUCUGGAUGUGGCCCUCAGACCCUACCUACUACCUGGUAAUGGAGUUGUUAGAGUCGGUGCCAAAGCCAGAGCCUCCAUGUCUCUGUACCUUAACUCCAACUACACAGAGCCUUACCCAGCAGGCAGAGUCACCUUGCCGGUGGGCUCCACCCUGCAUGUGGGCGUGUCUGUAGAGGAGUCCGAGGCAGAGCGUUAUGUGGUCGUUCUAGACAACUGCUACGCCACGGAAUCCCCCAGCCCUGAUGACCUUCCGCGGUUCUACAUGAUUCACCACAGGUGUCCUAGCAAUCGAACCCAGGUGAGGGUGGAGGAGAGCGGCUCGUCCCUCAGGGCUCGCUUCUCUGCUCUGCUGUUCCUGUACCAGGGAAACUACCGGGACGUCUUCCUACACUGCAGCCUCAGCCUGUGUGACCAGAGGAGGUCCUCCUGCAGUCCAGUGUGUUCCAGGAGGAGAUCCCGCUCUGUGUCCAAAUCCAUCCCCCUCAAGCUCCUCACAAUUGGACCAAUCACCUGUAAGGGCCCAGAGUCUGGAUCGUGUGUCUGUUCUGAAGAGAAGCUGAACAGAAUGAUGUCAUCGGGUAUUCUGAUGACGCUCCUGUUCUUUAAGCAUGUUACUGCAGACAGCUCAGGUUCGGUUGUUACCAGUUGUGAAGCGUGUCAUGGCCAAGCCACCUGCCUAGACUCACCUGUGGAACGUGAGAGGGGAGAUGCUUUCCAAACCUGGUCCGUCACUUGCACCUGUCAAGAUGGCUUCGUUGGCGACGGCAUCACCUGCUACGACCUUGAGUUCUGCGCUAAAGGCUCCUGCUGUCGUCAAGGUUACCGCUGGUCCUCGGAGCUGGGCUGUGUGGACGUUGACGAGUGUUCCCUCCCAGACCAACCCUGCAGCCCUCCUCAGGUCUGUGAGAACACCCCCGGAUCCUUCAACUGCCUGGUGCCUCCUGAAGACGACCUCCGCUCCAGUCCUGGUUCUGACUCCCGCUCAGUGCAGUUUCAGUGCGGGGGGAGAUGGUGUCCAGUGGGAGAGGACUGUAUCAGUGUUGGUGGAUCAUCCCUCUGUGCAGACCCCUGCCAGCACUACUCUGUACUGAAUGACGACUGGCGUUCCACCACCAACAACGGUGCAGCUAACGGCUACCACUGUGACACGUCUGUCAACUGGCAGGGCUGGUAUCGCCUGUUCCUGGGGAACACCAGUGUUCAGAUGCCAGAGAGGUGUGUGGAAAGCUACAUGUGUGGGACUGAGAUCCCCUUGUGGCUUCCAUUAGCUCAUCCCCAGCUGGGAGACGGAGUGGUUCAGAGGAGCGUCUGUGGACACUAUUAUUAUGACUGCUGCUACUGGAGGCAAAAUCCCAUCCAUGUCAAAGCCUGCUAUGGAAACUACUAUGUCUACAAGUUUGUCGCUACAACAAGAUGCAACAUGGCCUACUGUGCAGAUGUCAACACCAUGGUGUGUUCUACAUGUGGAGUUUUUGAUGCCUGUGUGAGCGACAAUGAGACCAACUGGAGAUGUGAGAGGAAAGCUCCAGAGCUGGUGUGUGGGCGGAGCCUCCUGAAAGUGGGCCUUCCAAAUGUUUACCUGGAGGCUGCUGGUCUGGAUGCUUCCUCUGCUCACCUGGCUGACCACCGCUGCUCCGCCCACGAGGAUCGUAACGGCACAGUGUGGUACCAGGUGGAGCGCAGGGAGGGACGCUGUGGAAACACUCUAGAGACAAACACCACCCAUGCUGUCUACUCCAACAGCUUAUUUGUUUAUCCAGUAGAUGGGAGAAACGACUCCCGACCCUUCAGCUUUCCCUUCUCCUGUGUCUAUCCUCUGGAGACAGAAAGCAGCCUGGAUAUGGCUAUCAGACCUCUCCCACUAAGUGAUCAUAAAGUUGUCAGAGUCGGUGCCAAGGCCAAGGCCUACAUGUCUCUGUACCGCGACUCCAACUACACACAGCCUUACCCAGCUGGUCAGCCAGUCACCCUGAUUGCGGGUUCCUUCCUGCACGUGGGCGUGUCCGUAGAGGAGUCCGAGGCAGAACGUUUUGUUGUUGUUCUGGAAGACUGCUACACCACGGAAUCCCCCAGCCCUGAUAAUCUCCCACGGAGCUACAUGAUUCAGGACAGGUGUCCUACAAAUCGUACCCAGGUGACAGUGGAGGAAAGUGGCUCGUCCCUCAGGGCUCGCUUCUCUGCUCUACUGCAGGGGGACUACCGUUACAUCUUCCUGCAUUGCAGCCUCAGCCUGUGUGACCAGGGGAGCUCCUCCUGCACUCCAGUGUGUUCCAGGAGGAGAUCCCGCUCUGUGUCCAAGUCCAUCCGCCUCAAGCCCCUCACCAUCGGGCCAAUCAUCUACCCCUGCCAACACUACACCGUACUGAAUGACGACUGGCGUGCCACCAACAACAAUGCCAACGUUUAUGGAGAGCACUGCGACAAGGAUGUCAACUGGCAGGGCUGGUAUCGCCUGUUCCUGGGGAACACCAGUGUUCAGAUGCCAGAGAGGUGUGUGGAGAUGGACAUGUGUGGAACCCACGCCCCCAUGUGGCUCACAGAGCCCCAUCCCCAGCUGUUAGACGGGGUGGUUCAGAGGGGCAUCUGUGGGAGCUGGUCUGGUAACUGCUGCUCGUUUCAACAAACUCCCAUCCAUGUCAAAGCCUGCUAUGGAAACUACUAUGUCUACAAGUUUGUCCCUGCAAUUACCUGCAACUUGGCCUACUGUGCAGACGUCAACACCAAGGUGUGUUCUACCUGUAGAGAUGAUGACACCUGUAUGAGUGAGGAUAAGAUCACCUGGAGGUGUGAGAGGAAAGAUCUACUCACAACAAAGAGCAACACAGAGCUGGUGGAGCCUGUAGAGAUAUCUGAGAAGACAAUUAACAACCAAUCAGUCACAUCGAAGGCCACUGAAAUCAGUUCACAGAGUCGUGUGUCUGAGCUGAACAGAAUGAUGUCAUCGGGUAUUCUGAUGAUGCUCCUGUUCUUUAAGCAUGUUACUGCAGACAGCUCAGGUGUGACUGUUGCCAAUUCUAUCCAGUUUAGCUGUGGGGGCACACAGUGUCCAGUGGGACAGGACUGUAUCAGUGUUGGUGGAACACUUGGCUGUGCAGACCCCUGCCAGAACUAUACCGCACUGAAUGACGACUGGCGUGCCACCAACAACAACGACCAGGUUAAUGGGCGCUCACACUGUGACCAGAGCAUCAACUUUCAGGGCUGGUAUCGCCUGUUCCUGGGGCACACCAGCGUUCAGAUGCCAGAGAGGUGUGUGGAGAUUAACAUGUGUGGAACCCACGCCCCCAUGUGGCUCACAGAGCCCCAUCCCCAGCUGUUAGACGGGGUGGUUCAGAGGGGCGUCUGUGGGAGCUGGUCUGGUAACUGCUGCUUGUUUCAACAAACUCCCAUCCAUGUCAAAGCCUGCUAUGGAAACUACUAUGUCUACAAGUUUGUCCCUGCAAUUACCUGCAACUUGGCCUACUGUGCAGACGUCAACACCAAGGUGUGUUCUACCUGUAGAGAUGAUGACACCUGUAUGAGUGAGGAUAAGAUCACCUGGAGGUGUGAGAGGAAAGCCCCUACACCUACAACACCUCGGAUACCUGUUACCACCACCAAUCCUCCAAUCAUGGCCCCAGAGGUAGUGUGUGGGCAGAGCAUAAUACAGGUGGGUCUAAACAGGGCUAACCUGAAGGCCGCUGGUCUGAACGCUUCCACAGCUCACCUGGCCGACACUAUGUGCUCCGCCCACGAGGAUCGUAACGGCACGGUGUGGUACCAGGUGGAGCGACGGGAGGGACGCUGUGGAAACACUCUGGAGACUAACACCACCCAUGCUGUCUACUCCAACAGCUUAUUUGUUUAUCCAGUAGAUGGGAGAAACGACUCUCUCUCCCGACCCGUGAGCUAUCCUUUCUCCUGUGUCUAUCCUCUGGAGACAGAGAGCAGUCUGGAUGUGGCCCUCAGACCCUACCUACUGAAUAGUCGUGGAGCAGUUGGAGUCGGUGCCAAGGCCAGAGCCUCCAUGUUUCUGUAUCGUAACUCCAACUACACAGAGUCUUACCCAGCUGGUGAAGUCCUCCUGCCGAUUGGUUCCACUCUGUGCGUGGGCGUGUCCGUAGAGGAGUCCGGGAUGGAGCGUUUUGUUGUAGUUCUAAGGGACUGCUAUGCCAACCAAUCCCCCAGCCCUGAUAAUCUCCCACGGACCUACAUGAUUCAGGACAGGUGUCCUACAAAUCGUACCCAGGUGACAGUGGAAGAAAGUGGCUCGUCCCUCAGGGCUCGCUUCUCUGCUCUACUGCAGGGGGACUACCGUUACAUCUUCCUUCACUGCAGCCUCAGCCUGUGUGACCAGGGGAGCUCCUCCUGCACUCCAGUGUGCUCUGGAAGAAAUUCUCGCUCUGUGUCUGAAUCUGUCCUCCUCAAGCCCAUAGCCAUCGGGCCAAUCAGCUGGGCCCAGAGUCUGGAGUGAGCCUUGGGAACCCCCCAGCAUGUCAUAUGAAGGAUGGGGUCCCUCCUGCACUACUCCCCUGAUCUCCAUCCAAACCUACAGCCCAGUGUAACUUUCAAGGGCACAGAAAUACUUGUUUUGAUUCUAGUAAUGAAUUUAUGCACUACAGUGUGAUUUCAUUGUACUGUGUAUGUUGUAUACACAUAGACUUGCAUUGUUUUAGGACUGAUAAUUUCCCCAAACCUGAGUUGCUGUGUGUGUAUGCUGUGAUUUGAUGAUGUCAAUAAAUAACUCUGUAUGA